AUGGGGGAUGCGAAAGAGGUGACAGGGUCCCCGAAGUCUGUCUCAAAACAACAUGAUUCGAUCAAGCUACGAGACCGGAUCUGCAGGGCUACGUUGUCAGUCACAUCCAGCCGUGACCGGACAGAGUUCGUCCCUGCGAAUAAGUUCAACGAGCUUGUCACAGAGGAAAGCAUUGAAGCGGAAAUCCCAGAUUCCCCACGCGAGCUCAUCGAGUUCAUCUACAAAGAUGCCAAAAUGGUAUUCAUGACCGUACUUGACAUCAAGGAACACGACAACCAGAGCGAGUUGGGGUCCAUGAUGCAAUCGUUUCGAGCCAGUGGGUUUACCGACAAGCAUUUACCGAUCCGUAACCCUCGUGAUCUUCUAGCCGAACACGACAAUGGCCAUCAUUUUCCAGUACUACCACCCGAUACUUUCGAUCAUGAAAAAUGGACAACAGACGCAAAAGUACGAUUCUACCGAUCCCAGUGGACUUUUCUGGCUCCUAUCUUCACGGAAGGCAAGCUCAAACAUGACUUCCCCCAAGAAACUAUGUUGCCUUUUACAGAAAUCUCCCCUUCGGUAAGGGAAGGCUUCUUCAGCACUGUAUCCCAAGUGAAAAUCCAUCCAGCUCACCAGAAAGUGCUGUGCAAGGAAAAUGGGAAAGCACUGUGCUUCGCGAUCAAGGAGCUAAAGUAUCUCGAUCAUGAACCUGGAUAUGAUCCAGCAACGGCCUGGGAGCUCGAAGCAAACUCACUCCAUCAAAUUGGCAAGCUUAACGACUCCCACCUGAUCAAACCGGUCGCAGCCUACAAGAUAGGUAUCCGCCAUUGCUUCAUCUUUGAAUGGGCCGAAGGAGGAACACUACGGGAUUACUGGAAGAAUUAUCGUCAUCCAGUUCUCGACAAGGCACUCAUUCUGAAUGUCCUCAAACAACUCCUCGGUCUCGCUAAAGCUCUUGAAGUAUUACACACCGGUUACGGAGCAGACAACCACUCUGAAGAUGAAGCGAGAUCAGAAAGCCACUGGCGCCAUGGUGAUCUGAAACCCGACAAUAUUCUCAGAUUUCAGGAUCUUUCAGAGGUAAAGGAGCUGGGGGAGCUUCGCAUAGCUGACCUGGGUUUGGCGAAGCUGCACACAUUUCGGACCAACGCGAGAAACAAACCAACGGGUACGAAGUACCUGACAUCGCAUUACGAGCCUCCCGAAGCCUUUACUCUGCCAAAUAAACCAAGAUCACGCCUGUAUGACUUAUGGUCCAUGGGCUGUGUUAUUCUGGAGUUCAUCAUAUGGCUCCUUUAUGGUUCUGACUCCUUGGACGAAUUCGUAGAUGAAAAGCUGGGGAAACAUGAGCAUGGCACGAUUUACUAUCUCAUUGAAGGUCCAGACCUUCCAAGUCCGUCUGCCAGGAUGAACGAGAAGAUUGCUUCGAAAUGGAUGGAUGAUAUUCUUCCGGUAGACCCGGAUUGUCAGCCGGAGAAGACUGCCAUUGGAGACCUGCUCAUGAUGGUCAAGACAAAGCUCCUUGUUAUCAAGCUCCCGGAUGAUGGGUCUGGUAGUUUGACUCCAAGCAGAGCAAGUGCCACGGACUUCAGGACAUGCAUCGACGACAUCCUGAAACGAGCAACCGACGACGAAAAACAAUUGCUGGGCAACCACAAGAGCAAAGACCUCGAUCUGCAGCAUUCCUCACACCAGACAUGGCUCGUCGUCCGCCUCAUACUCAGCAAGAAGCUGGUAAUCUAUCUCAGAAUGUAA